AUGCAUGGAUUCUCCACUGUUGAUGGCUUUGUGGAGAUAACUGAAGGCUUGGCAGAGAUGAUUAAGUACGUGGCAAAUGAACCGUCAGUAGGGCUUUUUUAUAUUCAGCAGCACACUCAAAAUGCAGUUCCCAAUCUUGUUAGUCUUAGAAAUACCGUUGUGGAUAGGUCCCGUGAAACAACUUUGCACACUGAAGAUUCAGAGGAUUCCAUAGCCAUGGUGAGAUCAAUGAAAGAAUGCGGAUUCCCCAUUGCUGAUGAGAUGAUUAGAGACAUAAAAAAAUCUCUAGCAGUUAUGUCAACAAAGCAACCAAAGAGAGGGCUAAUCGAUAACCAAACAUCAAGUUUUCAGAUGGGAAGAACAAGCUCUUGGAAACCAGCCAGUUGGGUUCGUUCCCCAAGUGUUGCCCAGCAGGACACUGAAAGCGGCUAUUUUUCUACUGUGAUCAAAUCUGCAAGACAAAAGGCGAGCAACUUCAAGUGGCCGCCACAUGAUUCUAAAGAAUUAACACAGGCUUCUUAUCCUAACCCAACACUGUCAGUUGCUUCUGCGAGCACUAGUUCAUCUCUGCCAGAUGUGGAAGCUGAGGAGUUGCCCGUGUCAAGCCAUGUUGCAGAUGAGCAACAAGAAGACCAAGUUGAUGAUAGCUUGUCGACUCAUAAUUUAUUACCAAUGGAAGAAAACUUUGAUGAAUUCAAGGCUGAUAAAGAACUUAAACUACAAGAGUGGUUGGAAGGGACUGGCAACGUAGAUAAUCGCAGAGAAGCAAGUGCUGCAGAAAUAUUUUAG